UGGUGGAUGCGGAUCGUGGGGGCCGCUAGUGCGUGCCGUCAAACUGCUGAUCAAAGAACCGCGCUGAACCGCGCUUCCAUCGGCAGCGGCGAGCUCGCGUCCCGUGGUCCGCCAGGCUCGCGCGUCGCGUACCGGCGAUCGUUCCCCGAAAUUCGUAUGUCGCGGAGUGAGACGGACGAGCGUGCCAGUGAUAGAAGAGGGCGCCGCGUUUCCUCGCUUGACGCGCGCGAGACCCAAGGCCCAAGGGUGCCCCGUCCCGCCGCAUAACACGCCGCAUAACGCGCCGUCUGCGCUCAUAACCUCGACCGUGCAAACAAACCGUCCACGGCAGCCGGAAGCGAGAAUCGGGUCGGGUUCCCCGCCGGCCGCGAAAUCGACGCCCAUUGGACGGAUGCGACAUCGAGAAGGGCCCGCGGUCCCGCGUAAAUAGAGGGAUCCUCGCUCCCCGGCGGAGUCGCGGACCCCCCGGUAACCUCUCCGGGUCGAGAGCCAAUCGCGUUCCUCCGCGGCGCUCGGGAUUUUCGACCGGGCCGCGCCUGACGGUUCCUUGCCCCCUCCGCGGAACUCGCCCUCGGGGCCGUUAAGGUUAGGUUCGGCGACGCGGGCCGCCACCCGAGGCCCCCGAGCCCGGUGAGAGUGCCAUCCCCGAGCGAGUUUACGAACCUUCGGCGAGGUUCUCUCUUGGCCCGGAUCGGAGCUGCGCGAAUACGCGAGAUUCGCCCCGACGGCCGAGGUGACCCCGCGCGGGCACCGCGUCCGGGUACUUUGCGCUCCCGUGCUCCGAGGGUAGCGCGCUCGCGGAGUAUAUACGGCGUGAUGAAAAAAUGAUGUGAUCGAGGGUCAACAUGGCGGCACCCAUGUUAAUGUGGAAGCGGAUCACGAAUCCCACCGGGCCCCAGCCUAGACCCCGACACGGGCACAGGGCCGUCGCCAUUAAGGAUCUCAUGGUCGUUUUCGGCGGCGGUAACGAGGGCAUCGUCGACGAGCUUCAUGUCUACAAUACGGCCACGAACCAAUGGUUUGUCCCUUCGACGAAAGGAGACAUUCCACCUGGGUGUGCCGCGUAUGGAUUUGUCGUGGAUGGCACCCGUAUCCUGGUAUUCGGUGGCAUGGUUGAGUAUGGUAAAUACUCUAAUGAACUUUAUGAACUACAAGCGAGCAGGUGGGAGUGGAAGAGACUAAAACCCAAACCCCCGAAGCACGACCCACCGCCAUGUCCAAGAUUGGGGCACAGUUUCACUCUGAUCGGUAACAGAGUUUUCCUCUUCGGAGGACUAGCCAAUGACAGUGACGAUCCCAAGAACAACAUACCGAGAUACUUGAAUGACCUAUAUACCCUGGAGCUUCUCCCUAAUGGUGCAACGGCUUGGGAGGUUCCUCAGACGCAUGGACAUGCUCCUCCGCCAAGGGAGUCGCACACAGGAGUGGCCUACACCGAUCGCAAUACAGGAAAAUCCUGCCUAGUUAUUUACGGUGGUAUGAGUGGUUGCCGCUUGGGAGAUUUGUGGUUCCUUGACGUCGACUCGAUGACUUGGAACAAGCCCGUAGUGCACGGUCCAACGCCAUUGCCACGGUCCCUCCAUACGGCUACGUUGAUAGGUCAUCGUAUGUACGUUUUCGGAGGCUGGGUGCCCCUGGUCGUUGACGACGUUAAAGUGGCAACGCACGAAAAAGAGUGGAAAUGUACCAGCACCCUCGCUUGCCUGAACUUGGAGACCCUAACGUGGGAGCAGUUGACCGUCGACUCCCUGGAAGAAAACGUUCCCCGUGCUCGUGCUGGUCAUUGUGCAGUCGGAGUACACAGCAGGCUCUACGUAUGGUCUGGGAGAGAUGGUUACCGCAAAGCAUGGAACAACCAGGUUAGGGUAUGCUGUAAGGACCUUUGGUAUCUGGAGGUCAGCAAACCCCCGGCCCCGUCCCGCGUCCAGUUGGUCCGAGCGUCCACCCAAUCUCUGGAAGUGAGUUGGACGGCGACACCUUCCGCCCAGUACUACAUCUUGCAGAUCCAGAAGUACGACAUGCCGCCGGCGACAGGCUCCUUCCCGGCGGGUAACGCGCCUGCGAGCGUGCCAUCGACGACUCCAACGUCGGCAGCGACCGCAAUACCGGUGCCAGUGACCACCACCCCGCCGACAACGACCGUGGCGUCCCUUCCAUCGACGCCAACCCUCGCGAAAGCGACGAUACCUCAGACCCCGGUUAGGAUACAGCAGACCACAGUGCCGAGCCCCGUACAAAAGCCCGUAUCGACGUCUCCGGCGGUUACGAAACCGGCGAGUCCAUUGACCCCGAGGGUGGCUGGCAAUCUGAUACGAAUUCGCUCUCCCAUGGUCACGACUCCCCAGGUUGCCGCCAAUCCGGAGCAAACUCCUGCCCCGACGCCUCCUACCACGACCGCGGCCGGUCAGUCGCCGAGCGCCAUGUCUGGGAUCGCGGCGCUCGCAGCGGCCGCUGCCGCGACCCCGAAGAUCAGUAUGAACAACGUGCCGAUACUGCCCCCUACGGCAGGCAACGCGAUAAGGAUGAAGAACGUCCAGCCGGGUCAACAAAUCAGGUUCGCGGCGCCCGGAGCCACGGUCCUGCGCACGGCUUCGCCCCAGCAGAGCAAACAGAUCAUUCUCCAGAAACCCGGGCAAAACAUCACGGGCCAGCCGCAGAUCGUGCACCUGCUCAAGACCGGCCAAGGCAUGGUAGCCACCGUACCCAAAGUCAGUCUGAUUCCAGGAAAGACCGUCCAGGCUGCCGGGGCGAAGCCCCUAAACCAGGGACCCACGAUACUCAGACUGGUCAACCCGAACACGGUAGCCGGGUCGAAGAUUCUCACGACCAUGAAGACCUCGAGCAUCGUAGCGAUGAGCAAAGGUCAGAGCAUCACUGGCAAGCAGACCAUCAUGAUCACCAAGCCCGGAGGAAACGGGGGCCUAGUAGGGAGGACCAAUCAGAUCAUCGUUGUGACCACUGGGUCCGGGCUGAGAGCCGUCCAAGCAGUGACCACCUCUCAAGCUGGCUCCGGUCAAGGCGGCAACAUCACCACUCCCGUUAACGUCCUUCCUUUAUCCGCCACCAAUCACGUGGCAAACCAGCAAGGAGUCAAGAUGAUCGUGGUGUCUUCCGGUGCCAUGGGAGGCGGCACCGCAGGUAAACCCAUCACCAUUACCGUGCCCGGCCAGGGCGGAGUCCCAAAGACCGUGACCAUCGCCACGAAGGGCAGUCAGCAGGCGAUUUUCAAUCCUGGAAAGAGUCAGCUGGUAACGGUUCCGCAGAUUCAGAAGGCUCCGGAGACCGUUGCAGUCUCCGGGAAGCCGGUGACUCUGCAGAUGUCUGGAGGUAUCGGAGCGAAGACCGUCACUCUCAUGCCCACGAGCAGUUCUAUCGUCACCACGGCAGGAACCGGUGAUUCCAUCGACACCAGCAAGAUGCUGUUCGUUCCUUCCCAGAAGACUCCUUCGGCUUCGCUAGUUACAGCUUCGACGUCGGACGGACCGGCAACGACGGACGCAGCCUUGGCGGCACUGGCGGCCGAAGCAGGCUUGAUAGACCCUGUCCAGGAAUCAUCGGGCGGGUUGUCGUUCAUGGUGGCAACGGAUGACACCGGAGCCGACGCGAAGGCCGAGGAGAGCUGCAACGGCAACGAAGCGGCCUCUGCUGCCACCCUGGUGUCGCAAAUGACGGCCGGGGAGCCGAUGCAAGUGGAUGGGGACGGGAACUUCGUAAUUCCUCAGGUGGACGGUACCGCCGAUCUUCUGCUGUCCGAUGACGAGAACGAGAACGCGGAGUUGGAGGAGGAGCCUUCCGUCCAAAACCCCGUGGAAUCCCCUCUGGCCGAAGCCGAAGAAUCUCAAGAGGCGGAACAAGAGACGAGUGCCCUCUUCAUGGAGAGUACGGAGCACCCCGAAGAUUCCGCGAUCAAGGAGACCGGGGAGGUAUCACCUAGGGCAGAAACUGCAGAAGUUGCUCCGACGACGAUCCCGGUUAGCGGUGCGGAUCCAGCACUGGUGGUACCAACCGAGAUAGAAGCGAGCAACGACGAAGUAGCUGCCGAAGACCCCGAGGAGCUGGAACCACCCAGCGAAAGCGACAUGCCUACAGUCGGCGAGCAGUCUUCCGAGGAUGCCUCGGUAAAGGCUGAACUUUCCGCCCUCCAGUUGCCCGCGGAAAAGGAGGAUUCCCCUCGAGAAGAUGCGGAACCAGUUGCGGAUAGCAACGAGACCGAGGAAGCUAAAGUCGAAGAAGCUUCCGAGGAUGCCGCGACGAUAACUCCUGCGGAGGUCGUCAAACCGUCCGGCCUGGAAACGCCGACCGACGGCGAUGUCACGUCGCAAGGGAUGCACGCCUUGCACGACGAACCCGAAGAAGAGAAGGAAGAUUCCGAGGCGGAAGAGGCGGAGUCGAACCUUCCCAAAGAAGAGGAACACCCUAUAAAAACGGAAAUUCGGGAUGAGCCUAUGGUGACGGAUGCACUCACACCGACUGACAAUAGCGAGCCCGAAGCCGAACCCGCGAUGGUCCCCGUGAUGCAGUUUAAAAUCGAGACUGCCAACGAACCGAUGGAACAGGACAAGCCCGACAUACCGAUCUCCGUUGCCAAUGGAAUCGGUGCGCCCGACAGCGAAACCGAGUCUCCGUUGAAUCAGCUGAGACUGACCACCAAGUCCGUCGGCAGGGAAGACCUCGCCGUUAAAGUCAAGAAACAAGACUCCAAGCUGGAAAAGGAGAGCGAAGACCCGGAACCCAGAGACGAUUCCACGGCCCUGACUACUCUCGCCACGGCAGCUCUGGGAACUGCCGAGCAACCAGUUAAACCAAAACUCGAACCGACCGACGAAGAGAAAAAGGAAGCCGAAUGGUACGACGUGGGUAUCGUGAAAGGAGUUACCUUUACCGUGCAACAUUACUAUUUACCCGGGGACGAACCGUUGGAUAUAACGCAGCCGUUGUCAGCGGACGUAUUCAAGGGACGAACCAAAGUACCUUUAGAACCUGGCACUGCCUAUAAAUUUAGAGUGGCUGCUGUGAAUAGCUGCGGUCGAAGUGCCUGGAGCGAGGUGUCGGCAUUCAAGACCUGCCUUCCAGGAUUCCCGGGUGCGCCGAGCGCGAUAAAGAUCUCGAAAUCGGCGGACGGUGCCCAGUUGUCCUGGGAGCCCCCGCCAAGUAACCUCGGCCCCAUAUUGGAGUACUCGGUUUACCUGGCGGUGAGAAGUGCCAGUGCGGUGUCGAACAAUGCCGGAGAGGCUACGACGGUGUCGACGACUCCGACACAGCUGGCCUUCAUCAGGGUCUACUGCGGGCCCACCAACGCGUGCUCGGUGACCAACCACACUCUCAGCGUGGCCCACGUGGACAUGACCACGAAGCCGGCCAUCAUAUUCAGAAUAGCUGCCCGAAACGACAAGGGAUACGGACCCGCUACCCAGGUCAGGUGGCUGCAAGACCCGACCACGGCCGUUAAGAGCAAUCCACAGGUGAAGCGACCGGGCACGGACGUUCGUUCGCAGGCGAACUCCCCCCAAAAGAGGGUGAAACCGGAAACGGCGAGCGACAACUUCUCGUGAGCUAUAACGCGUGCUCCCUCGCCCGGGCACAGCCUCCCUUCCCAGCCCUCCUAACCCCUCGAGUCCUUCUCGAGCAGCGCGAUUCGCGGUUUCAUUUCUGUCGGUACACCCGAGUAGGACGGGAACGUCUCUCAUGGAUGCAACGUCGUCUCGAGUGGGGACACGGGGAGAUUCAAAGGAGAGGAAGAAGAAGAAGAAAUAAGGAGAGGGCCGAUCGUGGACGAGAGGUCGGGAGGCCGAAGGGAGGUCCGCCUCGGCGGCACGUAAAAUGGUGACAAAUAUUCGGAGAAAGGGAGAAGGAAAAAGUGUAACGACCUUUGCGUGUCGUCGGUACGUUUGUCGGAUCUCGCGCGGCGAGACGACGUCGAGUGCUACGCGAGUUCUUAGCGAAAGAGAGAUAAUUUAUAAGGGAGUCCCGCGUCCGUGGAGGCCUUCGCCAAGGCGCGCGACCCUCGCUUGUCGAACCGCCCGCGGAUCCGGGAAUUUGUAAAAAGAAGAAUCCAUUAAUAUCGUUGAUAAAUAAGUAAGUUGGUUAUUUUCGAGGCGAGUCGCCGAUCACGGAUUUGUAGGGCGUUGUAGAGGGGUUCGCACCGCGGGAGCGGGUCGACUUGCGCUUCGAGGAUAAGGAAGACACCGAGGACGAGGCACUUCUCUGAUUUCUCUCUUCUCUCUCUCUCGAUCUUUCUCUCCGUGACUCUUUCUCCUCCUUUUUAGCUCGGCACCGCUCACCAGGAAUAGGUGAUUUCAUCGACUACGCGUGCAUCGAUGAGCGGUUCUCGUCAACUGUUUCGCCGACUGACGUUUUUGACACGUCGUUUCCAUCGCGACCGUUCUCCAGCGUUUUUCAUCGGCCAUUUCUUGCUCCGAGAUUAUUAACGCUGUGAGGGCUGGGGUCUAGUCUGGGACUGUUUACGUAUCGACGACUGUGCGUAAUUUAGAGCAAGGAGUGGUCGUCGAUGGAUGCUGCAGGGUUCUGAGAUGAAACGAUUUAUCGAAGGGCAUGGACGAUGCGUCGACGAAACAGCUGUAGAUCUUCUUGUCGGUGAGGUGAAAUAAACCCGGUUUAUAUUGGGAACCGUAAGGUCUGUUACUGAUUUCCUCUGGCGAACCGUAAUGCACCCUGUUCCUCUAGCCAUGUACGUAAUGACAACCUUCAAUGGUCUUAUCAAGCGCACUACUUUUUAAAUGAAAAAUACAGGACCAAACGGAAAGGCGGUGUACAGUGUUUGUGGUUUAAGUUGAUCGGUUAUCUUUUGUUAAUCCUGACGCCGACCACUAUGCUAUAUAUAUAUUUUUUUUUUUCAUUUUAACUCGACACUCGAGUGUACUUAUCUACCGCCAUAAGAGAAACGAGAUCCGUCUGUGGUUGUUUUCCUUUUCGGGAUAUCACGCGUGAUUAGCAAAAGGAUAUAUAGGUGCUACUCUCGAUUCGUCUCGCUUUUGUUACUGUCGAAUUUGGAAUUGUACAUAGUAUGCAAGGGCAGCAUGUACGGUGCAGCACAUCGAUGAACAAUUUGACACACAAGCCUCGUGUCGUACCAUGUCUCAUAUAUAUAUAUUUGUAGUUAUUUAAAUGCGGGAGCGUAAUAAUUUAUAUUAGCAAAGGUGUUUGUGUCGUUAACUUAAGGCGAAAUCCUCAAACGAGUAUUUAGUUGUCUUUUCUUCCCCUUGUAAAAAAAUAAGAUGCCAACGCGAAAUUACUGUCGAAAAUAUGAUGCUAUUUUGUCGAGGUAAAGGUAAUAUACCAUUUUAAGGAUAUGUGGGUGCCUAUCGAGUUAGCGAUUUUUAUAGAGGUAAUCUAGCGUAAAUGUACAUAGGAAUUAUUAUGGGAAGCAGUAUGGACGAUGACCGUGUCGUGUAAUCGAUUCUUAACGAGUCCAUGACAUCGAUAAGGAUCGGUAUCUUGCAUACGUGGGGGGAUUUGGUAGGUUUUAAAGCUGUGUAAUUAUUUAAGGAAUUAAGGAGAGCUGGGUCUAACUCGGCCACGCAUUGAUUAACUCUUGUACCGAAAGUUUUACAAUUUCGCGUAACCUGGGUGGUGGGCGUACUGCAAAAUUAAGUCCUCGUGAGUCUUUUACACGUAUGCAACUUUCGAUUGACUAAUAAAAAUUCACGGUCGUCGUGUAUAGGGCUUCUGAUUAUACACGGGGAAUCGCUUAACAUUUUCACCUGGACUGUUGAUUAUUCGUCGCAUCGGUAAAUGGUCAGACCAAAAAUUGCGUAAUGUUUUUUCGAAUCGAAACUUUCCAACAUGGUAGUGCCAAGUGAUCCACCGUGUAUAUUACCUAAAUCCAGUUUUACGGAAUUAUUACAACACGUCGCCGUAAACGUUUCAUGCGCUUGUCCGUGCUGUGUCUCCGGUGAUCAAAAACUGUUUCUUCUUCGGCAGUAAUGAUGUGCGACGAGCCCUGCUUAAAUUUUUCUACAAAUUCGAUAAAAUGGAAGUACGCCAACCUACUAGCGAAAAAAAAAAAAAACGGAAACGUCCAGCACAAAAUUAUUGGGAUGUUGAAAACUUCCCAUUAAAUGAAUCGAAGCCCCUUCGAACUUGUGCUGGACGGUUUUCCGAUAACUUUCGUACUUUUCACGCGAAGGAGAACUUUAAGCAAGGGAACCAUACUAUCCUAAAGCUCGAGUUUUCCUCCUUGUAAGUUUUUGGAAAAAGAGCAGCAGAUAAUACCAAGAUUUCGACACUCACUGUGCGUCGCGCCCUAGAAUAAUUACUCGCCGAUAAACGACCGACGAUGCUGUCUGUGUCAUUUUGUAGAAUCGAAUGAUCGAUCUGUACGACUGCGGGGAAUUUUGAGGGACGUUAAACAAGGAAAGGCGUGAUUUUACUCCGAGGCAAAAGCCUCGUACAUAGCGUCGACCGUACACUCAUAGUUUUCCAAGAGUUUAUAAAAAUCGAUAUCUUAUCCAUGCCGAUUGAUAAUAAAAGAAAUCGAUGUUUAGCCAA